AUGAAGUCCAUCGCCUCCCUCCUCGCCCUCGCGGCCUCCGCCUCCGCCCUCCUCCCAGCGGGAACCCCCUCCCACAUACUCCAAAACCCAGACGAUGCCGCCGACGCCCUCACCCGCAUCCCGUCCUCGUACGAGUCCGCCGUUAUGGCCCGCCGCAUCCUCGCCCACACGAAGCUCGCGGAGCUCUCUACGGUCUUCCCGGCCGGCGCCCACUCCGCCUCCGGCUCAGAUAUCUCCGGCAUGCCCAUCGGCCUCAUGGACUACGUCGCCGAUUGCGAGGACGAGGGAAACCCCACUAUCCUCGCAAUCACCAUCGCCACUUCGUUCAAGAACGUCCGCGCCGGCUCAAACAUCUCCCUUUCCAUGCACUGGGUGCCGCCCUUCCCCCCGGCCAAGCGCAUCUCUCUCCUGUCCUCUCUGAAGCAGAAGAUCUUUGGCGGCGACCAACAAAUCAUGGACGGCCCCGAUACCGUUCCCUACUCCGCCGCGAACCUCCCCCGCUUCUCCCUCAUGGGCUACCUCGAAAAGAUUCCCGUCGACCCUGUCACCUCCCUCAAGCUCGCCGGCUGCUUCGUCAAGAUGCACCCCGACAGCAAGUACUGGCUCCCCGGCAGCCCCGUCCACGAGUCCGAGUGGGUCCGUUUCGUCGUCACCUCCGUCUACUGGAUCGGCGGCUUCGGCGACCGCGCCUACAUCGGCUGGAUCCCCCUCGACGAGUGGCAAAAGGUCACCCGCGACGAGUACGAGGCCAUCAAGCUUCCCGGCGAGGAGCGCGGCUGGAAGGAGUGGAGCGUCGACAGCUGGUUCGACGGCAGCGACCUCUAA